AUGAAAUUACAAGGUGGAGACUCGAACAUAAUUCAUCAUCGGGAUGCUAUCACAGCAUACACUGAGAAGUUGCAACUGUGGAAACGCCAAAUUUUGGCGUCUAACUAUUCCUUCUUUCCUAAAUUACUUGCGAUCACAGAAGAAGCGUGUUUUAAGGAGAUUUUGGAUGUAAUUGAUACCAAGAAUCAAAUAUCAAACCAUUUGCAACACCUCACGGACGAAUUCAAGCGCUACUUUACCGACUCGUGCAACAAUAUUAUGUACCGAUUAGUGACCGAUCCUUUUCACGUCGACAUAGACAUGCUGCCAGAUACAUUACAAGAGCAAGUAUUAGAAAUCAAAAAUGAUUCUGCUGCCCAAUAUGAUUUUGAGAAGAUGGAUAAGGCACUAUUCUGGAUUAAAUAUCUCAAAGUUUAUCCCGAGCACAGCAGGGCAGGCACUAAAAUUAUUUCUACCUUUUUCAAGCACUUAUUUGUGCAAAAAAGCAUUUUCAGCAGUUGUAGCAAUAAAAACAAAGUAUAG